UCACUGCACUUGCACUUUGUUUCUAACUUUAAACUGAGAUGUUAACCCAGUGUUUUUGGUUUGAUGAGAGUUCCAGGCUUUUAAUUUGUUCUGCUGAUUUUUGAAUAAUAGGCACUGUUGGGUGGUGGAGUGGGUUAAUACACUUUCCUUUAACCUGUCUUAAAUCCAACACAGUCUAAUGGUUUGAAAGGGUACUGUAAGCAUCCAAGUUGGCCAGUCCAAAUCCCAUGCUUAAUGGCAAAAGUACAAAAUUGCACAUCUUGGUCAGAGGUCACAAGGUGUAAUAAAUUGUAAUUAGAACACAAUGUUGGAGUAAAGGAAACUUGGUUCUGUAAUAGACUGUGCUUUACCUGCUCUGUGUGUUUGAGGCUGACAUGGCAUGCAAUAGAAAAAAAGUACUCCCAUCCCCACCCUUUACCUUGAUAAACACAAGAAAUCACUAAAAAACAAAAAAUGGAAAUAAUUGUUUCAGUGUAAAAGGCACUGUACUGAAGAUCCCAAAGGUAAAGUAAUGGAACGGUUGGCCUGUAAACAGAAGGCAGGUGAUUCUGCAGCCACUGUCAAUUUGAGGUCGGUUUUCUUGGCAGAUUUUGGACAAAACGUUCCACAGGCUCAAGAUGAGUGAACUAAAAGAUUGCCCACUACAAUUCCAUGACUUCAAGCCAGUAGACCAUGUGAAAAUGUGUCCCCGCUAUGCAGCUGUGCUCUCACGCUCUGAGGAUGAUGGAAUUGGAAUUGAGGAGCUGGACACAUUACAGCUGGAGCUGGAGACACUGUUGUCUUCAGCAAGUCGCCGACUGCGUAUCCUCGAGGCAGAAACACAGAUCCUCACGGACUGGCAGGAUAAAAAGGGCGAUAAGAGGCUGUUAAAAUUUGGGAAGGAGCAUGAACACGGAGCACCACAGAAACACGGGAAACCUAAGAAGCAGAAAAUCGAUGGAAAAGGCAGUCACGGAACUGGACCUGGUCCUGGGCGCCCCAAAUCGAAAAAUCUACAGCCGAAAAUACAGGAGUAUGAAUUUACAGAUGAUCCCUUAGAUGUUCCCAGAAUUCCAAAGAAUGAUGCCCCUAACAGGUUUUGGGCAUCAGUGGAACCGUACUGUGCUGACAUCACCAACGAGGAGAUCCGUAUCCUUGAGGACCUACUGAAACCCCCUGAAGAUGAGGCAGAGUAUUACAAGAUCCCUCCACUGGGGAAACAUUAUUCCCAGCGUUGGGCGCAAGAGGACCUCUUGGAGGAGCAAAAGGAAGGUGCCCGUGCUGCAGCUGCUGCAGAGAAAAAGAAAGGCAUGCUAGGAGCUUUAACUGAGCUUGACUCAAAAGAUGUGGAUGCUUUGCUGAAGAAAGAGCAGCACGAUCAGCCUGAAGAUGGCUCUCCUUUUGGGCCCCUCACACAACGAUUGCUCCAGGCUUUGGUGGAGGAGAACAUAAUUUCACCAAUGGAAGAUUCCCCCAUACCAGAGAUGACUGGGAAAGAUGUUGGAGCUGAUGGAGCAAGCACCUCCCCUCGAAGUCAGAAUAAGGCAUUCAGUGUUCCUCACACCAAGUCGCUAGAAGCACGAAUUAAAGAAGAACUAAUUGCUCAGGGUCUGCUAGAUUCUGAGGAUCGACCCACUGAAGACUCUGAAGAUGAAGUUCUGGCAGAACUGCGCAAGCGUCAGGCUGAGUUGAAAGCCAUCAGUACACACAAUCGAGCAAAGAAACAGGAGCUUCUCAGACUUGCGAAAGAGGAGUUAAAAAAACAGGAGUUACGACAGCGAGUGAGAAUAGCGGACAAUGAAGUCAUGGAUGCUUUCCGAAAGAUCAUGGCAGCACGUCAGAAGAAACGUACACCUACAAAAAAAGAGAAGGAUCAAGCGUGGAAGGCACUGAAGGAGAGGGAGAGCAUCUUAAAGCUAUUGGACAGUUAAAACCAACUGUGCACAUAUGCUGGACGCUGUUACUUUUGAAAAAUUGGCUUAAUGUUCGUCUUUCCCAAGCUGUGUGCUUCUGAACUGACAAAAGGAGAGAUAUUGAAACCUGCCCGUUUUGAACUGGUGACAUUCCAUUGCAGCAGGCUGUCUCCGUUGCGGCUUGUUUGUCCUGUGUGUAAAAGAUGGAAGUCUGUCGUUCAGAAAUCUGGAUGUUGUGCUUUGCUAGUUUGGGUUUGUACUGUAUGUGAGAGUAACGUGUUACUGCUGCGUGUUCAGAUAGAGAGUAGCAUUCCUGGGCAGCUGUGCCAUUGCCAGUCCUUCCAAAUGUGAUGUUAACAACUGACACUUUAUAGCUUUUCAGAAAGACUUCUCCUCACCUACAUCCACACCCCCAAUAAUAUUUUAUAUAAAUACAUGUGGGGAUAUCACUAGGGCCCAAAGUCUGUCCUUUUCCUUCUUCUCCUGCACUACUUUCCCUCUGUAAUCCCCAUCCACCCUGCGCAAGUAGAGUUCUUCACCUCAUUUCAAAUCUUUCUGUAUUUUCCUCUGGGCCAAGUGAUGCUCUGUGAAGAAGUAUUAAAAUACUGCCAAUUUCUGACGUCAAAAAACUUUUUAAGCAAAAGAAAUCUUUUUACAGAAAAAAUAAAAUCGCUUAAGAUCUGUGCAACCACAGGGCAGCAGGUAGGAUUUGUUUUUUUACCAACCUCAGGGUAUCACAACAGUUACAAAGGUUGCAGGUAUCCUGCCAGUGCCCUAUUGAGUAAACACACUAUGUGGCGUUCUGGGGCUUUAGGAGAUCAGGAUGAUCCCAGGUUCAUUCUCCGGUGUUUGCCGGUUUAGCUUAGCAGUGAUAACGGUGCCCUUUUGAGUUGAAAGCCCCCUUGCUAGAGAAGCCAGUACCAACAAGAGUUUUUCAUUUUGAUUCAGUGAGUGUCACCCAACACACUAGAUGUCUUCCAUGAUUAGUGGAUGUAAUUUUUGCAUUUGUUUUCAUUUUUGUUUUGUGUGGCAUGACCAUUCCACAUUUUUUUUCCCCAUAGUACUAAGGAGAACUAUCUGACAAUAUAUCCCUGUGUAAUUGCGCUCUGCCAUAUCACGCAAUCCGCUCGUCGUUGGGACAUUAACUGGUAAAUGGAGAGCCUGGGGAGAGGUUCAAGUUCAAUAGUGAUAACCCUUCUCCCUCCCAGUUAGUGAAUGAGGAUAGAAUCAGUUUCAGCUGCAAUGCCCCUUCUCCCUUAUCCUUGGUGAAAAGCUCACGAAAACCCAUGAUCUGGAUUUAUGGGUGAAACAUUUCCACAUGGAGAAGGUAACAGAGAGCUGCAGAUGCAUUUUGAGCCAUACCACAACAUGAAUCAGUAUCUAUUAGAAAGAAAGAAGCUUGGGGGUUAUGGGGUGAAAAUUGACAGGAGAAAUGAGAAAGUGCUGGUGGAAAUGAAUUUUCCAAAAAUAUAGUAAUUUUACCCCGCUGACACUUACUAUUUUUUGAAAUGUAAAGUGCAAAUAACCAGAAGAAUCAUACUCCUAGACUCACCAAAUCUCUUCAUUUUGUUUUAAGUUAUCCUUAUGUAGCCUUGCUGUGAUUUAACACCCUUUUGUAAUCCUAGUUCCACACACAAACUCUGAUCACCUGUCCCAAUCAUCAGUCAGACAUAUUUUCCAUAUUCAUGUUUUCCAGCCCAGUCCAUAAGAAAUCAUAAAUCAGAAUCCUAAUGGUAAACAUCAGUCACUGAACCCCAUGCAUGUCCCUCAAAUCAGAUGUCCUCUUGCUAAUUUAUGGAUUAAAGAUGAAACAAGUGUAAGUUUUAUCAUUCAUGGCGUUAACUCCUCAAUAGUGUACUGAUGAUUAACCGGUCCUGUAUUGAAUUUUCAAUAAAUGUCAACUUGAUUA